AGUGUAAUUGGGACGCUUGUUUUUCUUGUUUAAAAAUUGAAAAAUAUUCACCAACUUUCGGUCAAACUCGUGCCGGCAGGAAUGUCUGCUGAUACUGGAAGUAUAAUCAUACCGGUGGAAUCCCCAGCGGAACAGGAGGAGCGUCAGAAAAUCUCCCGCAAGCUGCUGAAGGACGUACAGAACACUCCUGCCAUGAAUAAAGAAAAUGAGGGCAAACCCACCUCCAAGCUGCAGAACUUUUUGGCCAAGAAGGAACUGAUUAAGAAAACGUUGCUUCUCGACCCACGGGAUGUGAUCGAACAGAAGCGGAAAAAGCUGGUCCACUCGCAGGCCAGCCAAACGUCGCCGGAGAAAAAGGCAGCCAAAGGAAAGCCGACCGUCACGGAAGAGGAUCUCACCUCGCUCGAAGGUCCGAGUGCUGCCUAUUGGGAAAUUCUGGCGGAAAAGCGUCGCCAAGCGCUGCAGGAAUCGCUGCGGGAAAAUGAGGAGCUUCACGAGGAGAACGCCGGCCUACGGGAGGAACUGAACCUUUCACGGGAAAUGCUCGAAGAGGCUCGCAACCUGGUUGAGGUUCUGACCGAAAUGCUCCAGGAAGGUGAAGCCGAAAAAGAGGAAGCGGCUGCCGGCAAUAAGGCGGCAGGUGUCGUAACGGUGGACGAUAGUGGUGUCGCUCCCGAUGCAGGCAGUGAAGUGGAAGAUAAUUUGUAGGAGUCAUUUAUGUACAGUUAAUUAUGCGAAUGUAAGUGGUUUCAAGUUAAAUAUCUUAUGGUAGGACCGCUUAACCGGUUCUGAAAAUAUAGACUUUCCGCAUUUAUGUAUUUAAAAAGCGGAUUCGCAUUUGAUAUCAGAAUUUUAAAACAGAUCUACUUUUUUCUCUUGUAGAAACGUGUUCUAUAACUGCAUUACUUUGAUUAGGUUUUUAAGCUUGUUUUGUAGUUACGCCAGACCUAAAUGAAAUGAUUUCUUAUUUCGUUACAUAAAACAUCAAUCUAAUAGUAUAGUAAUAUGUUUUCUUCAUUGUACGAGAGUGAGGCUCUUGAUUAAUUUAAAUGAUUUGUCGAAUAUUGAUUAUGUUUAGCUGCGUUUAAAUAAAUGUGUGAUUUCGACAUGAAACCUGUACUUGAAAGAUUCUCAAAUCGAUUUUACUAUGACAAAUGAAAGAUUUUUCGAACCAAAAUUCACUAUUGUCUUGAUACAUGCUAAAACAGACGCACGGGACAGUUAUUGUAGU